GCGAAAUCAGCCUCAAAUCACUAAACUUGGACUGAGAAGCUGAAUUUAGGAUCCACCUGAUCGGAGCUCUUUCUCUCUGACAAUGAAGAAGAGCGUUACACCUGAAGCAUUAUGGUGAAACUGCCGGCUGUCAGCCUUCGUAGAGAUGCUCACCAAUUCAGACCAAUCCCUCUCCCGUUCCCUCACGCCCAACCGUCACUCUCCGUCUGGAUACAGUCCGGGUAUAGCGACACGUGGCCAGUCCUCCCUCUCCCUUCCCGAGCCCGAAGCCUGGAGGAAAUCCAGCCUCACCGCCCGUCAUGGUCUGGCACAAGGGGCUCGCUCCUCCUCCCUGCAGGUUCCUCAUGCAGUCCCAGAAUGCUUGGGGCUGCCCCCUCGAGCAGCGAGCUUUGAUGUGCCUUGUGCCGGGGAUGAGGGCUCCGACCAGGGUUCAGGGUCUCUGAGCCCCCAUGGUAUGCAUCGGCGGCGUGGAGGGCUUGUGGAGCAGAAGGACAUCAUCAUGGCUCACCAGGCUCACAAAAUUCAGAGCACGCCACAGGCCCGCAGGAAGGAGUGGGAAAUGGCUCGGUUUGGAGACGAACCCGCUCCCAGCGCGGUGGACUCCGGGGAUGGGGAUGCGGAGCGCGGCGCGGACGGUCAGGACGCGGCGGCGGCGGGACUUACCGCCUCCAUGAAACAAGCCAAGGCUCAGCGGGCCCGGACCAUGGCUCUGUACAACCCUGUCCCCCACCGGCAGAACUGCCUCACCGUCAACAGGUCGCUCUUUAUAUUCGCAGAGGACAACAUCAUCCGGAAAUACGCGAGGAAAAUCAUUGAAUGGCCACCAUUUGAGUACAUGAUCCUGGCCACCAUCACUGCCAACUGUGUUGUCCUGGCCUUGGAGCAGCACCUCCCUGGAGAGGAUAAGACGCCCAUGGCAAAGAGACUGGAAAAGUCAGAGCCGUAUUUUAUUGGGAUCUUCUGCUUCGAGGCGGGCAUCAAGCUGGUGGCUCUCGGUUUCGUUUUCCACAAAGGCUCCUAUCUGAGGAACGGCUGGAACGUCAUGGACUUCAUAGUUGUGCUCAGUGGGAUACUGGCCACUGCUGGAGCCCACAUGAACAUACCUGUGGACCUUCGGACCUUGCGGGCUGUAAGAGUCCUGAGGCCUCUCAAGCUUGUCUCUGGGAUCCCCAGUCUGCAGAUUGUUCUCAAGUCCAUCAUGAAGGCCAUGAUCCCGCUGCUGCAGAUUGGCCUUCUGUUGUUCUUCGCCAUCCUCAUGUUCGCCAUCAUCGGCCUGGAGUUUUACAGCGGGAAGCUUCACCACACCUGCCUGCCAUCUUUCGACAUCCUUGACAAUGAGACUGUUGAUUCGUCAGAGUUGGCGUUUGCGUGCGGUGUAAGAAAGUGUCCAGAAAAGUACGACUGCAACGACACCUGGAUCGGCCCGAACGACGGCAUCACCCAGUUCGACAACAUCCUGUUUGCUGUUCUCACCGUCUUCCAGUGCAUUACCAUGGAGGGAUGGACAGCUGUUCUCUAUAAUACCAACGAUGCCUUGGGUCUCACAUGGAACUGGAUGUACUUCAUUCCUCUCAUUAUUAUCGGUUCAUUCUUCGUUCUCAACCUGGUGUUGGGUGUCUUGUCUGGCGAGUUCGCCAAAGAGAGGGAAAGGGUGGAGAACAGGCGAGCCUUCAUGAAGCUACGCCGCCAGCAGCAGGUGGAAAGAGAACUGAACGGUUACCGAGCCUGGAUAGACAGGGCAGAGGAGGUAAUGCUUGCAGAGGAGAAUAAAAAUUCAGGGAGAUCACCAUUAGAUGUUUUAAAAAGAGCCAGUAAGAAGACGGGUGCACGGAGGGGAGCUCCAGGGGAUGAGAAGUACACAGACACGUCGACUGCCAGCAUGUCGCGAUCAAGGAUGAACUUCCGCAGCGGCCGCCGCGGCCCCGCUGCCUACCUCCGGCGUAAAGAGCGUAUGUUACGCAUCUCCAUCCGUCGCAUGGUGAAGACAGACACUUUCUACUUGAUGGUGCUCAGUCUGGUGGCUCUCAACACCAUCUGUGUGGCCAUCGUCCACCACAACCAGCCUGACUGGCUGACCAUCUUCCUCUACUAUGCAGAGUUUGUUUUCCUGGGGCUGUUUUUGGCUGAGAUGUUUCUGAAAAUUUAUGGUCUUGGUUUCCGGCUCUACUUCCAUUCAUCUUUCAAUUGCUUUGACUGUGGGGUCAUUGUUGGCAGCAUAUUUGAGGUGGUAUGGGGUUUCUUUCGGCCUGGGAUGUCAUUUGGCAUCAGUGUACUGAGGGCGCUGCGACUUCUGAGAAUUUUUAAGAUCACCAAAUACUGGGCAUCCCUCAGGAACCUGGUCGUGUCCCUCAUGAGUUCCAUGAAGUCCAUCAUCAGCCUGCUUUUUCUUCUCUUCCUCUUCAUUGUGGUGUUUGCUCUGCUCGGAAUGCAGCUCUUUGGUGGACGGUUCAUCUUUGAAGAUUACACUCCCACCAACUUUGACACGUUUCCAGCUGCCAUCAUGACAGUGUUUCAGAUUCUGACUGGUGAGGACUGGAACGAGGUGAUGUAUAAUGGGAUUCGCUCGCAGGGUGGCGUGCAGUAUGGCAUGUGGUCAUCAAUCUACUUCAUAGUGCUCACCCUAUUUGGAAACUACACACUGCUAAACGUCUUCUUGGCCAUCGCUGUGGAUAAUCUGGCCAACGCACAGGAAUUGACAAAGGAUGAAGAGGAGGAAGAGGAAUUCUUUAACCAGAGGUACGCCAGAGGCAGAGACGGCUUAAUAUCUGAUGGCAGAAGAAGACCCUACCUAUACAGGAAACGGGCCAUCCAUCGAGGCCGACCAAACUUUCCAGAUGAGCCAGAGGGUGCGAUGGGGGCUGCAGAUGAGCAGCCCCUCAAUGGUUCGAAUGCAUUCUCAAAUCGCCGUGAAAGGAGGAGAAAGGUUAACAUGUCAGUGUGGGAGCAGAGGGCCAAUCAGUUACGCAAACGUCGUCAGAUGGCAAGCCGAGAGGAGCUGUUCGGAAGCCCAACAGAAGACACUGCUGAGACUCCCACCAUCCCUCACCACGCACCUGCUCUGUCCCCUGAGGCCAGCCCAGGUCACCUGCCCGAGUCACCCAUGUCAGUGGGAAUGCCUCUACCGGAGCCACCCAUGUCCAUAUCCAUCCCCAUCCCUGAGCCUCCGGCCGCCGAGCCUCUGGUUAAUCUGGCCGAAGACAAAACAGGUGGAGCUAACCACCGGUCCACAGGAGGGGGCCGGCACAGGAUGGCCCGCAAGUUCAGGCCUAGCCAGGGGCCGGAUGAAGGGGCUAGGCACAGGCGCCACCGCCACCGUGAUGCUCGCACUGAGGUGAAGAGUCUGGACUGUACACAGUCACCACAUGAGGUACCACUAGUGAGGAGAUCGCACAGCCAGGAGAGGAAGAUACUGGACGAGAGGGAGGAGGGAGAAGACAGAGAAGAGAAAGCAGAGGGCGAUAAAGGCUCAGCCCAGGACGACGGUGGAACUUGCAUCGUCAACCCAUAUGCAGAGGUCGGCGAAGAAUGUAGAAGAGGUGCUACAUCUGGCGCCGAUCCCUCUGAUCCUCAGUGUCAGCAGCUGCUGGACUGUGCCUGGUCAGAGCAGGGUGAAGGCAGCCUGUGUCAGAACAUUCCAGUGGAGGCUGCCUUAGAGGCCACAGAGUACACUGUGAGUGCCAUGGAGGCUGAGAACCGCCCAGGCUCCUUCAGCCGUAACAAGUCCAAGCUGGAGGGGAGCGUGGCCAUCGAAAUGUCUGCACAGCCGCUUUUGGAGCUCACACCCAUGACAGUGAACAGCAAGGAAUUGGAGGCAUACCAGUCAGAACAGAACGAGGAGGAGACGGAGGAAGAGGAACCACCGAUUCCUCCUAAACCUGUAGCUCCAGACAGCAUGUUCAUCUUCAAGGCCUCUAACCCUAUCAGGAGGAUCUGCCACUAUGUGGUGACUCUGCGCUACUUUGAAAUGACCAUCCUCCUGGUGAUUGUGGCAAGCAGCAUUGCACUGGCUGCAGAGGACCCUGUUUGUACCAAUUCAGAAAGAAACAAGGUGCUGCGCUACUUUGAUUAUGUCUUCACUGGUGUGUUCACCUUUGAAAUGAUCAUUAAGAUGAUUGACCAAGGUCUUAUUCUACACGAUGGCUCUUAUUUCCGAGACAUGUGGAACAUCCUGGACUUCAUUGUGGUUGUGGGAGCUCUGAUUGCGUUCGCUCUAACGAAUGUGAUGGGAAACAACAAAGGCAGAGACAUCAAGACAAUAAAGUCCCUCAGAGUUUUGAGAGUCCUGCGACCUCUUAAAACCAUCAAAAGACUUCCUAAACUUAAGGCUGUGUUUGACUGUGUGGUCACAUCCUUGAAGAAUGUCUUCAACAUCCUCAUUGUUUACCAGCUUUUUAUGUUCAUAUUUGCUGUGAUUGCGGUGCAGCUCUUUAAGGGGAAGUUCUUCUAUUGUACUGACAGCUCCAUGAAUACAGAGAAAGAAUGUCAAGGAUACUACAUCGACUACAGCAGGGACAAGAAAGAAGUGAAGAGGAGAGAGUGGAAGAGACACGAGUUCCACUACGAUAACGUCUGCUGGGCCCUCCUCACACUGUUCACCGUCUCAACUGGAGAAGGGUGGCCUCAGGUCCUGCAGCACUCCACUGAUGUCACAGAGGAGAACAUGGGACCGAGUCGAGGGAACAGGAUGGAGAUGUCCAUUUUCUACGUGGUCUACUUUGUGGUCUUCCCAUUCUUCUUUGUUAACAUCUUUGUGGCUCUUAUCAUCAUCACUUUCCAGGAGCAGGGUGACAAAAUGAUUCAGGAGUGUAGUCUGGAGAAGAACGAGAGGGCUUGUAUCGACUUUGCCAUCAGCGCCAAACCGAUGACCCGCUACAUGCCCCAGAACAGACAAACCUUCCAAUACAGACUGUGGCACUUUGUGGCGUCGCCUUCUUUUGAGUACACGGUGCUGGUUAUGAUCGCCCUGAACACCGUGGUCCUCAUGAUGAAGUACCACUCAGCUCCAACCGCCUACGAUACAGUCUUAAAGCAUCUAAACACAGCCUUCACCGUCCUGUUCUCAAUGGAAUGUAUCCUAAAAAUUAUGGCGUUUGGUUUAGUGAACUACUUUCGAGAUACUUGGAAUAUCUUUGAUUUCAUCACUGUUCUUGGCAGUAUCACUGAAAUAAUUGUGGAUUUACAGUCUGUGAAUACCAUCAACAUGAGUUUCCUGAAGCUUUUCCGAACAGCCAGGUUGAUCAAGCUGCUGAGACAGGGUUACACCAUUCGCAUUCUCCUAUGGACUUUUGUACAAUCUUUUAAGGCCCUUCCUUACGUCUGUCUUCUAAUUGCGAUGCUUUUCUUCAUUUAUGCCAUAAUUGGAAUGCAGGUUUUUGGAAACAUCAAGCUGAAUGAUGAGAGUCACAUCAAUCAGCACAACAACUUUAAAACCUUUUUCAGUGCUCUGAUGCUGCUCUUCAGGAGUGCCACAGGGGAGUCCUGGCAGGAGAUUAUGCUUUCCUGUCUGUCGGGCCAGGAAUGUGAGCCAGACCCAUCCAUCGCCCCACUCACCAUGUCUCCAGACCACGAGGGAGGCUGUGGGACCGAGUUCGCCUACUGCUACUUCGUCUCUUUCAUCUUCUUCAGCUCCUUCCUGAUGUUAAAUCUAUUUGUGGCUGUGAUCAUGGAUAACUUUGAGUAUCUGACCAGAGAUUCCUCCAUCCUGGGACCCCAUCACCUGGAUGAGUUUGUCCGGAUCUGGGGGGAAUACGACCGUUUGGCCUGUGGUCGUAUCCACUACACUGCCAUGUAUGAGAUGUUAACGCACAUGUCGCCACCACUGGGACUGGGCAAAAAAUGUCCUGCCAAGAUUGCAUAUAAGAGAUUGGUGCUGAUGAACAUGCCCGUAGACGAGGACAUGACGGUCCACUUCACUUCGACUCUGAUGUCGCUCAUCCGCACAGCUUUGGACAUCAAAAUAGCCAGAGGUGGUGAGGACCGUGUCGCUCUGGAUAGUGAGCUGCAGAAGGAGAUCAGUAUCAUUUGGCCUUACCUGCCCCAGAAGACCUUGGAUCUGCUGGUACCUAUCAACAAAGAUAGCGACAUGACAGUGGGGAAGAUCUACGCUUCCAUGAUGAUAAUGGACUACUUCAAACAGAACAAAGCCAAGAAGCUCAGGCAGCAACUUGAAGCACAGAAGAGUAACUUAAUGUUUAAGCGCCUGGAUGCGUCUACUCUCCCUGAGGACAUUCUCUCCAACACUAAGCCUCUGCCGAUGAUGGCUCACAGCGCUGGCUCGGCUCUGACUAGAGGAGGGUUUGUGGCAUUGAGCCCCAUCUCACCCCAGGAGUUAUUUAUGCAACCCAUGAGCUCCGACAUCGAUUCCAGUCAACAGGAGAAUCUGGUGGGCGAGUGCAGUAGGGGGAUUGAAGCCCCACUGGAGCUUCCAGUAGGGAGGGGCCUGUGUGUGCGGGCCUCUUCCCUGCCACGUCUGGCUGUAGAGUCGCAGCAGACGGAGGCUGCCAGUGGCUCCAUGAAGCGUUCAGUCUCCACUGUUGCAGAUCAGAGGGUGAACGGUCUCUGGCAGGAGGAGAAAAGUCCUGAGCGAGUGUAUCGGCCUCGUCACAAAAGCUACAAGGCUGCAGUUUCACGGUCUGAACACUGGCAACAGGGAGACAGGGAGCGUGGCCGAUCCAAAGAGCGCUGUCACCUCCUCUCCCCAGACACAUCUCGGUGUAACUCAGAGGAAAGAAGCUUGCAGCCCUCACGAUCCUCCAGUGUGGAGCGAGCAAACCCUCAAGAUAAACAGGGUAACAGCUCUGACAGCCCAGUACCCUCCACGUCAGAGUCCAGCACCCCCAGCGGCCGACGACCUUUAUCACAAACCCCAACCCGUUCCCGUCCUCAUAUCUCCUACUCCCCUCUCGUUUGUCGCACACAUCCCUCUGUCGGUGAAGAUGAGGACGAACAGGGCAGCCCAGAGACCGUAAGGCGGGGCAAGUCCAAAGAGGGGGUCAAAGGCGAGGACAGCCAUCACCCGUCCCCUCCUCGACGCUAUCCGUCUGAGCCAUUCCUGGCCUCACAAGAGGACGACCACAGCCCAGACCCCACCGCCCCCAUGGAAACGCUGACCUUUGAGGCGGCGGUGGCCUGCAGCCUGGGACGCUCAAACACCAUCAGCUCAGCUCACCCGCGUUUGCGGACUGGUUGGCAGGUCCCCAACGGACACUUUCGAAAGCGUCUGGCGCAGACGACCUCUGUGGCGGGCUGCGAUCCACUCAGUGACACAGAGGAGGAUGACAGGUGCUAGGGCCAGGACGCACAGCAAGGGGGAGGAGGGUAAAAUCCCUGAGAGGUGUUGUUAAUGUGACUCUUUAAUCAGUGCUUUGAGGCCAUGAGACUUCUGGAUGUUUGGUAAAAUGUGAAU